CCCGCUCCUCCUGCGCUGAGCCGGCAGGCAGGCGGCUCCCGAGGAGACGGGACAAUGUACGCGGGGCGCAAGAGGAGGAAGCCGGUACAGAGGACAGUGAAGCCGCCGCCCCCAGAAGGUGUGAAGUCGAACCCCUCCAAGCGCCAUAGGGAUCGGCUGAACUCGGAGCUGGAGCGGCUGGCUAGCUUGUUGCCUUUCCCUGAGGAGGUCAUCUCUACCCUGGAUAAACUCUCCAUCCUGCGCCUCAGCGUCAGCUAUCUCAGGGCCAAGAACUUCUUCAACAGUAAGAGCAAACUGGGGGGAGGGUGGGAGACUGGAGUGGGCCCGUUCCCAUUAAAUACACCUCUGACAUUGCACCCUACAUGAUUUUAUGAAAAUGUGCUAAUUCAUAGAUUCAUGAAUCAAUGAAUCUAUGAAUUAGGAGAUUGAGUGUGAAUAUAAUACAACUGGAAUAUGCUUCAUGCAAAAGGUCUCUUGUAAGGUAUCAUUAUAAAGCUUAUAAUCUACUGAGUGUGGUCAUCCUAUUUGUAUAAAUGUACCUCUCUUGUAUCAGAAACUAGAAAUAUGAAAUAUAACUCUGAGGGCCUAUUGUAAUUAUGCAAAGUGUGGGCCAUUAAUGGUGGUUUGGACUCUGGAUGGCUCACAUUAACCAGGACAAUUGUCUGUAGAUGGCUCUGUUUUACUUGUGAGUCUUCCUGUAUUCCUGUGUGCUGGCAAGUGGGCAAUGAAGUCUUGCAGUAACACAUGAUCAUGUCACCUGAGCUGGAAUCCAUCUUUAACCUGGUGCUUUUCUAUUGAGAAGGAGGGGGUGGGAACCCAGAGAGGGACAAAGGAUUCCCGCCUUGUGCAAAAGAGAUAUAAGUGGGUGGAACAGAACAAAAAGGGCUGCAGUCAUGAGAAAUCCCCUGGCUACCACCUGAGCUGGAACAGGGGCUGUACCAGGGGAAAGAAUUGUGCCCAGACUAGGAAAGCAUCCAGUCUGUGAUAGAAGCUUAUUGAAACAUCUCUGAGGGUGAGAUUUUAUGUUUAUUCAGUUUUCUUACUGUAUUAGGCAUAGACUUGCAUUUUUUAUUUUAUUUUGCUUGGUAAUUCACUUUGUUCUGUCU